UCUCUGUCUGUCUGUCUAUGUGAUUGCGGCCCUUCCGUUUACAGCAGGAAAAACGCUGAAGAACCCUAGGUCUCGCACACGCCCAAUCCGGAACAAAAGAAAGAUUACAGAAGAGCAACAAUGGCUUCCUCUGUUGUUCCUCCAUCUUCCUUUUUCUGCAAAACCUCUAAGAGUGAUUUGGGAUUCUCGGCAUUUCCCAAGUCUUCGCAGGUAUCGGCUCAUAGAUGUCAGAGGGAAUCGAUUUCCAGGAAGAUCGUGUCGGUGAUGACGCCGCAGCAGGCGGAACGCAAGCCAAGCACCACAGGAUCGGUGAAAACGGGGAUGACGAUGACAGAGAAGAUUCUAGCGAGGGCAGCAGAGAAGUCUCAUUUGGUCCCUGGUGACAAUGUUUGGGUUAAUGUUGAUGUCUUAAUGACACAUGAUGUCUGUGGCCCUGGUGCAUUUGGCAUCUUCAAGAGAGAAUUUGGCGAAAAUGCAAAGGUUUGGGACCGGGAGAAGAUUGUCGUCAUACCUGACCACUACAUAUUCACAAGUGAUGAGCGUGCAAAUCGUAAUGUGGACAUCCUACGGGACUUUUGCACAGACCAGAAUAUCAAGUACUUCUAUGAUAUUACAGACCGUGGUAAUUUCAGGGCAAAUCCUGACUACAAAGGUGUAUGCCACGUUGCACUUCCACAAGAAGGUCAUUGCAGGCCUGGAGAGGUUUUACUAGGAACAGAUUCACACACCUGUACAGCUGGAGCGUUUGGUGAAUUUGCAACGGGUAUCGGAAACACUGAUGCAGGUUUUGUGUUGGGCACUGGAAAGAUCCUCCUUAAGGUCCCGCCGACACUAAGAUUUGUCAUGGAUGGUGAAAUGCCAGAUUAUUUGCUUGCCAAGGAUCUGAUUUUGCAAAUUAUUGGUGAGAUAUCUGUUGCUGGUGCGACCUACAAGACAAUGGAGUUUGUUGGUACAACUGUUGAAAGUUUAAAUAUUGAAGAAAGAAUGACAUUAUGCAACAUGGUUGUAGAAGCUGGUGGAAAGAAUGGUGUCAUCCCACCCGAUGCUACUACGUUUAAGUACCUUGGGAGUAGGACAUCUGUUCCCUAUGAGCCGGUGCAUAGCGAUGGAAAUGCAAGCUAUCUUUCUGAAUAUAGAUUUGAUGUGUCAGAGCUGGAGCCAAUCGUGGCUAAGCCUCAUUCACCUGAUAAUCGGGCUUUAGCAAGAGAAUGCAAAGAUGUGAAAAUCGAUAGAGUGUAUAUUGGCUCUUGUACUGGUGGAAAGACGGAGGAUUUUAUGGCUGCCGCUAAACUUUUCGUGGCUGCAGGCAAAAAGGUCAAGGCGCCUACUUUCCUUGUCCCAGCCACUCAAAAGGUAUGGAUGGACUUGUAUACCAUCCCGGUACCGGGAUCAGGUGGAAAGACCUGUGCUCAGAUAUUUGAAGAAGCUGGCUGUGACACGCCGACCAGUCCUAGCUGUGGUGCUUGCAUUGGUGGCCCACUAGACACCUACGCUCGUUUAAAUGAACCUCAGGUUUGUGUCUCGACGACGAACAGGAAUUUCCCCGGUCGGAUGGGCCACAAGGAAGGGCAGAUAUACCUGGCCUCGCCGUACACGGCCGCAGCUUCUGCUUUAACCGGUUUUGUCACUGACCCAAGAGAGUUCUUGCAGUAAACAUCCCAACCGGUUAUGGUAAGGGCUUCUUCUGGUUUUUUUUUUGGUAAGAAUCCAACGUGUUUAUUAUUAUUAUUAUUGGUGAUCUAUUUAUUACUCUUUAUUAAUAUGCUUGAAGAGUUGCGUACUAAUGUGUACAUUGCGUAGAUUUGGACCUAGACUAGCGGAAAACUCUGUUCUUGUUAACAUUUUUGAAGAUUUCGUUUUGCAUUUAUUUUA